AUGAUGCACAUGACCUUCUACUGGGGAAUCAAAGCUACGAUUCUCUUCGAUUUCUGGAAAACCGAUUCAUGGCUCAAUUACAUCCUCACUUUGGUCGCCUGCUUCAUCUUCUCCGCCUUCUACCAGUACCUCGAGAAUCGCCGCAUCCAAUUCAAAUCACUUUCCUCCACCCGUCACCCUCCGCCUCCUCGCACCGGCGUAUCCGCUCCUCUCAUCCCCAAAUCGGGUACCAGAUCCGCCGCUAAAGCUGCGUCGGUGCUGCUUUUCGGCGUCAACGCUGCGAUCGGUUACUUGCUGAUGCUGGCGGUUAUGUCCUUCAACGGAGGCGUUUUCAUCGCGAUCGUCGUCGGAUUAACCGUCGGGUACCUCUUUUUCAGAUCUGAAGACGGUGGAGCUGACGCGACGGCGGAAAAUCCCUGCGCCUGUGCUUGA